ACAAUUUUUUGUCUAUCUACAUGAAAUUCCCUUAUCAGUACGGAAGGUGUGAGCCGCGUCUCUUCGCGAACUUCUGACUAUAUAAACUCGCAGUCGCCAAUCCGUAGCAUCAAUUUCAAUCUCAAUCUUAGAAAGAAAGAUCUAACUUUCAUUCACUUCUCCAAAAUGAGUUAUAAGCUCUUAGCACUCUUCGCUUGUUUGGCUGUAGCGUCUGCAGCCAGUAUUCCAGAACAAGCUGAUCUUCGUGAAGCUUUUGAAACUGAAGAUGCCAUUUACAUUCCAAUUUCCAUUGAGGAAGCGAACCAGCUAAGGUUACCAAGAAGUGCUCCAAAGCUGGAAGAAGAAUCUGCUUUGUCAUAUAUUCCAGAUGCUGCGGAAGCAGAAAUCACAGAACCAUCGUCAUCUCAUGGUCGUGUACGUCGUGAUGUUGAGCAAGUUCUUGAAACCGAAGAUGCAUACUACGUCCCAGUGAGCGAUGAGGAAGCUGAACUUCUCAGAUUGCCCAGAAGUAUUGAUGAUCUCGCAUUAUCAGAAGAUGGAGAAGAUCAUGUAGAAAUUAUCACAGAUGACGAAGUACAGCGUGAGAAAAGGCAGUUGAAUAUUCAAGGUGGUGGAAGUCCUCAUUCUGGUUUUGACCUUAAUGUUCAAGGUCGUGCAAAGAUUUGGGAAAGUAACAAUGGACGCAAUACCCUUCACGGUACUGGUGAAUAUAGUCAACACUUGGGUGGACCCUAUGGUAAUAGCCGACCCAACUUUGGAGGUGGAUUACUUUUCACCCAUCGCUUCUAAGUUAUUCUUCCUUUAUAAAUUAUUAAUUGUGUGUGUUCAGUAAAUGUUGAAAAUAAAAUAUUUAUUGUUUGUUAGAUA